AUGCCACAACACUCCAUCCUCUACGAAAAUGCAGAAAAAACGAUCUUCUUGAUUGAUAUCCCGACGUCUAUCGCGUCCGCACAGGAACUUUCGUCGGUGCAGUUGGGAGCCACACUGUGCAAUCCCUACCGUGCAGGGAUAGACAAUCACAGGAAACGUCAUCUCUUAUCUUCAAGCCCCCUACAGAAGCCGUACGCAGUAUCUACGGAGCCAAAGUCGGAUGCUGCAAGAGCUAGAGUUCUCAGUAGAAUUCCGGUCUCUGAACGAGCCUUCCAGACCGAGGUCAUUGAGCCUCUGGUUCGGGGGGCAUUGCAGGAGAUUAGCGGGGCCCACUCGGACUCUGCAGACUGGUGUCGCGUGAGAAAUGUCCGAGAGGAAGAGACGCAGCUGAAGAGAAAACGAGACGGACCUUGGAGCAGAACGUCCUUGUGCGAGGAUGGAUGCUCAGCGGAUGAUGCGCUGGGGGUGUCUGCUCCUACUAGCCCGCCGGUUAUCCUGUCGCCGGGAUUGAAUAUGUUCGGAUCCAUGGCGGAACUUUGCAACGUCAUGGUUAGGAAUACGUCUUCGGCGCAAGCGUUGCUGGAUGUCCGCUGCAAGGCGGAGGCCGAACCCGAGCGCUGCGAGGUAACGACGGCCCGUCGACAUGCCUUCUUCGCGCCGCCAUUGUCUACGUUCUUGCUGUGCUCACUGCCGUUAUCAGCAGAGGACGAGGCGAGCGGAUACCCUAUUCCGGGGCUAUCUCCGGGCCGCAAAUUCAACUUGAUCCUCCUCGACCCGCCGUGGUCGAACCGCUCCGUUCGUCGCAGUGGGCAUUAUCAGACACAGGCAUAUUCUGACAUGGGCUUACUGUCCAAGCGCAUAGGGGAUAUUCUGAAGAUCCAUCUAUCGGACAAUCCGGGGUGUGUAUCCAUCGCAGCAAUAUGGAUAACUAACGCGCCAAAGGCACGUAGAGUUGCCUACGAUGCCAUUAAGGGAGCAGGGUUGUCAGUGUACGAAGAAUGGGUGUGGAUCAAGACGACGACGAAGGGCGAGCCGAUCACGCCGCUGGACGGGCUAUGGCGGAAGCCGUACGAGAUCCUUGUUAUUGGAAGGAGAAUGGAUCCGCCAGCUGAUGCGAUUGAUGCUAUUACGCGGAGGGUCAUCGCGGGCGUCCCGGAUGUGCAUUCUCGAAAGCCAAAUCUUAAGGAGAUUUUUGAGCAGGUAUUCUUUACGAGGUCAGCGGCUGACCCGACGGUGGGUGAUACUUGCGUGGCGUACUCUGCGUUGGAAGUAUUUGCGCGUAAUUUGACUGCCGGCUGGUGGGCGUGUGGGAAUGAAGCUUUGAAGUUCAAUUCAGAAGACUGGUGGGUUGAAGCCUAA